CUCUCUCUCGCUCUCUCUGUCUUUCCCUGCCGGCUGGGUGCUGAAGUUGGGCGGAUGGCAGCAAACCAGCUCCGCUAAGGACCAGCUGCACCAGCCUUUUCCCCGGGACCGUUCAGUGCCAAGCACACACCACCAGGCGGGGCCACAGGGGUGCUGAAGUAGCUGAGAUGAGAAAAAGGCAACAGUCCCAAAAUGAAGGAACAUCGGCUGUGUCUCAAGCUCCUGGAACCCAAAGGGCCAACAACACGUGUUGCUUCUGCUGGUGCUGUUGUUGCAGCUGUUCAUGCCUCACUGUUAGGAAUGAAGAUAGAGGGGACAGCACAGGAAGACCGACACACACUAGCAAACUGGAGAGUAUCCAGGUCAUCGAAGAGUGCCAAAAUCCCACCGCUGAUGAAAUUCUAUCCUGGGCUCAGAAUUUUGACAAGAUGAUGAAAACACCAGCCGGUAGAAAUAUUUUCAGAGAAUUUCUCCGAACAGAAUAUAGCGAAGAGAACCUCCUAUUCUGGUUAGCAUGUGAAGACCAAAAAGAACAGAACAAGGAUGCUAUUGAAGAAAAAGCAGACUUAUAUAUGAAGACUACAGUCUCUAUACCUAUCGCCAAAGAGGUUAGCUUAGAUUCACGGGUGCGAGAAGUGAUCAACAGAAAUUUGUUGAACCCCAACUCUCAGAUGUAUGAAGAUGCUCAACUUCAAAUCUACACAUUAAUGAACAGAGACUCUUUUCCUAGGUUUUUGAACUCUCAGAUCUAUAAAUCUCUUCUCGGUACAAGGAGUUCUACUUCUGAGACUUAAAAAUAAUUUGGGGGUUUGAAAUCUUGAUUUAGCUCUUGGGGAAGGGUGGGGUAAGGACUAUUAGGAUGAAGACAGACGUAAAAUUUUUAAGCAACAGGGCUGCUCUGGAAGCACCUUCACUGCAUUUAGUCCAACAUGUACCCUUCCCCUCCAGAGUCAAGCUCUGGAAAAACCCGGUACUGCCCCCUUGCAGCAGAAGCGGCUGUGCAUGGUGUGAUUUGCUGAAGCCCUACCCUCAUGAUGUCACCAAGAAACCUCCCCUGCUGGACACUUUGCACUUUAAGAAGAGUUUCCUUUUUAAAUGGAGGAAAGCAGGAAAUGAACAGACAAAUAGUCUAACGUUCAUCUGGCCUUUUGUUUUGGGUGGACAGGGGUAGAGAAAGAGACAAGACUGGAAAGCGUGCAAGUUUUUCAAUUGAUUGUUCUUCAUGGCUGCCAUUUCAGCUGCCACUUCUGAUGGAAAGAUGGGCUCAACCAGAGCUGAGGAUGAACUGAAAGCUCUCUUUUAUAUUACAUCUGUCUUCACCUUAGUAGUUCAAUUAUACCUGGAACUGAGUUCCUGGAGAACUAGCAGCAGUUAGCAGUAGACUUAUAUACCGCUUCAUAG